AUUCAGUGUGGUUCAGACGCUCGGAGCCUCUCGUCCUUCAAUUCACUUUCUUUUGUAACGGUUGACGCGGCAACCUUAACACUAAGCAGCCAUGGAUGCCAUCAAGAAGAAGAUGCAGAUGCUCAAGCUCGACAAGGAGAAUGCCUUGGACAGAGCUGAGCAGGCUGAGGGGGACAAGAAGGCAGCGGAGGACAGGAGCAAACAGCUUGAGGAUGACCUGGUAGCAUUGCAGAAGAAGCUGAAGGGAACUGAGGAUGAGUUGGACAAGUACUCCGAGGCUCUUAAGGAUGCCCAGGAGAAACUGGAGCUCGCUGAGAAGAAAGCCGCGGAUGCUGAGAGCGAUGUAGCUUCCCUGAACAGACGUAUCCAGCUGGUUGAGGAGGAGUUGGAUCGUGCACAGGAGCGUCUGUCCACAGCUCUGACAAAGCUGGAGGAGGCUGAGAAGGCGGCUGAUGAGAGCGAGAGAGGCAUGAAGGUUAUUGAGAACAGGGCGAUGAAGGACGAGGAGAAGAUGGAGCUGCAGGAGAUCCAGCUGAAGGAAGCCAAACACAUUGCUGAGGAGGCCGAUCGCAAAUACGAGGAGGUGGCCCGUAAGCUGGUGAUCAUUGAGAGUGACCUGGAACGUACAGAAGAGCGUGCUGAGCUGUCUGAGGGAAAAUGCUCUGAGCUUGAGGAGGAGUUGAAAACUGUGACCAACAACCUGAAGUCUCUGGAGGCUCAGGCAGAGAAGUACUCACAGAAGGAAGACAAGUAUGAGGAGGAGAUCAAGGUCCUGACAGACAAGCUGAAGGAGGCUGAGACCCGUGCUGAGUUCGCAGAGAGAUCCGUCGCCAAGCUUGAGAAGACCAUUGAUGAUCUGGAGGAUGAGCUGUAUGCCCAGAAACUCAAGUACAAGGCCAUCAGCGAGGAGCUGGAUCACGCCCUCAACGACAUGACCUCCAUUUAAAUGUUUUAAAUCCCUCCAUCCCAGACGCUUCCCACUGGUUGAGCAGCAUCUCUAUAUGCAGCAUCGCCCACCUUCCUAUCUCCUCUGUAAACGGCUUAUCUGUCCUGUCUCACUGCUUGUUGGGCCUCUGCUGCCACCAGCAUUCACGAGUCCAUCUCUUGUACAGAACUUUGAGUCAUUUUGCUUUCUGUAAAAUAAACAUUCUUCCAUCUAUGUCA